CAGCAGAAGUUCACACACUGUCAGUUUCUGCAAGUCUUUGACUGAUUCGCUUUCUCUCUCAUUCUUGGCGUGAACUUGGAAAUGACUUUUGAGGAUCUCAAAGCCAAACCCAUGAAGGACCACCCUGAUGAGCAGUCAAACCGGAAGAAAGGUCUCGGCUGUCUUUCGUCUCCAUGGUGGUGCCUGGCUGCUGUGUCUCUUGGGAUCGUUUGUCUGGGAUUACUGGUGACCAUUGCAAUGCUGGGGAUGCAGUUAUUGCAGGUAUCUGAUCUCCUGAAGCAACAGCAAGCAAACCUGACUCUCCAGGAAAGUAUGCUGGAGGAACAGCUGUUAGCCCAACAGCAGCGAGAAGCAGCUUCCCAAGAGUCACAGAAAGAACUCAAGAAUAUGAUAGGAACUCUCGCCAAGCAGCUUCAGGAGAAAACUGAAGCGGAAACAGAACUUAACCGUCAGUACCUGACUCUCCAAGAGGCUCUGAAGAGAAUGGAAAACUUCUCAGGUCCUUGUCCCCAAGAUUGGCUCUGGCAUGAAAAAAACUGUUAUCUAUUUUCCUCUGGAUCAUAUAAUUGGGAAAAGAGUAAAGAGAGAUGCUUGUCUUUGGAUGCCCAGUUAUUGACAAUAAACAGCACAGAAGAUCUGGACUUCAUCCAGCAAACAAUCUCCCACUCCAAUUUCCCCUUCUGGCUGGGGUUGUCUCAAAGGAAACCCAACUACUCAUGGCUCUGGGAAGAUGGUUCUCCUCUGAUGCCUCACUUGUUCAGAUUCCAAGGUGCUGUUUCCCAGAGGUACCCUUCAGGCACCUGUGCAUAUAUACAGAGGGGAAACAUUUUUGCUGAAAAUUGCAUUUUAGUCGCAUACAGUAUUUGUCAGAAGAAGGCAGAGCUGCUGACAUCAAGUGAAUUUGAAUACCCCAGCAGAAAAGAAGGACACUGAGCUUGAGUUUGGAAUUUAAGCUAUUUCUUGUCAAACCAUGAGAGCUCUUGGAGCUGCCAGUUAUCAGCCCGCUGUUCAACAAAUUAUCAGAGACAAGGACUGGGGAAUCUGGCUGCCUGAUAUCUUUAUGUCAAAAGUUCUUAUUUAAUUUGUGUGUCUGUCUACCUGUAUCUGUCAUUUAUGUGUCCAGCUGUAUCAUCAUCUGUAUCUCAUUAUCGACCAUUUGUAUUUAAGAUGUGGCUCCUC